CUCCUUCCCCCCCUCCCUUCCCGCCCCCAUCCCUUUCCCCGCUCCCAGGUUUUGCGAAGAGCAGCGAUGAAGAGGAAGCUGGCACUCUCCGAGAUGCAGUUGGUUCUCCUCGUUUUAUUGGUGUGGCUACCAACAAGAUCAGUGCUGGCUGACUCCCUGGAAGACGAAGCUAAGAAUAACAUCACCAUCUUUACAAGAAUUCUAGACAGACUUCUGGAUGGUUAUGAUAAUCGUCUCAGACCUGGAUUAGGAGAUAGUAUUACUGAAGUCUUCACUAACAUCUACGUGACCAGUUUUGGACCUGUUUCAGAUACUGAUAUGAGAUGUGACGGCACAGGAAGGGGUCGGGUCAUUCGAUGCUCUAACAGCUCUGUGCAGAGGUGUCAAUCGGUGCAGGGUGCAGUGCAUCACAACGGCAGCUGGUACUCUCAUGGCGGUCUUUUGCCUUUUAGGCUUACAGUACAAGCUGAAUGUCCAAUGCACUUGGAGGACUUCCCUAUGGAUGCUCACUCAUGCCCACUGAAAUUUGGCAGCUAUGCAUACACAACUUCAGAAGUGACAUACAUUUGGACUUACAAUGCUUCAGAUUCAGUGCAGGUGGCACCAGAUGGUUCAAGAUUGAAUCAGUAUGAUCUUUUAGGCCAAACAAUUGGAAAAGAGACCGUUAAAUCAAGUACAGGUGAAUAUACAGUAAUGACGGCUCAUUUUCACUUGAAGAGAAAAAUUGGUUAUUUUGUCAUUCAGACUUAUCUCCCCUGUAUCAUGACUGUCAUUCUCUCUCAAGUGUCAUUCUGGCUGAACAGAGAAUCUGUGCCUGCCAGGACAGUCUUUGGAGUAACAACUGUGUUGACAAUGACAACGCUGAGCAUCAGUGCUCGAAAUUCACUCCCCAAAGUAGCAUAUGCAACAGCUAUGGAUUGGUUUAUUGCUGUUUGUUAUGCGUUUGUAUUCUCUGCAUUAAUUGAGUUUGCAACUGUAAAUUAUUUCACAAAACGAGGAUGGGCCUGGGAUGGAAAAAGUGUAGUGAAUGAUAAGAAAAAAGAAAAAGCAUCUGUCAUUAAGAAAAACAAUGCCUAUGCAGUGGCUGUUGCCAACUAUGCUCCAAAUAUUACCAAGGACUCAGUGCUACCAACCAUCUCCAAGAGUGCUACAACUGCAGAACCCAACAAGGCAAAACCAGAAGCGAAGCCGCAGGAAGCAAAGAAGACAUUCAACAGUGUUAGCAAAAUUGACAGAAUGUCUAGAAUAGUGUUUCCAGUCUUAUUUGGUACUUUCAAUCUAGUGUAUUGGGCUACGUAUUUAAACAGGGAGCCUGUCUUACUUGGCUUUGCGCCAUCAACCUAAAAGCUGAAUUGCACUGAGGACUUAAAGCAUCAUUCUAAUCAGAUAGGUUGUUCGCUAUGUACAGUACGACUAAUAACUGCUAAUCUGUGAACCAUUAUGUACAGAGUGUAUAUAGAUGUCUUAUCUGUGUAUCUCCAAAGGAGGGACACAGUGUUAAUUCAUGGGUCUGUAAACAGAUAGCACCCAUGGCAAAUAUAGCCAGCUCUUUAAAAGUUAUACCCAGGGGAGUUCUGUUAAACUAGCAUUCAAAUACACAGAAUUAUAUUCUCUCCGUACAAUGAAAUGAAGAUAUGAUCCUACAUAAUUAUUUAGGAACAGUAUUUUUUUAAUUUAAAGUUAAAAUAUUUUUCUAUAAAGUAACUAAUUCUACUUUAAUGAAAUAAACUGUCAUUUAAAAAAAGUGAUUUUUUUAAAAAGGUGUAAUUGUUUCAUACAAUAGCAGUACCCAUGUACAUAACAGAGUACGGAGGUCGUACAGUUCUACUGUUCACAAACAUUCAGGAUACUAGUUAGGCUGAAGAGGUAGUAAAGACUACUGUAUGGCAAAAGCCAUGAGUUUCUUACUUCUGUCCUGUUUGAAGUUGUUAAUAAACUCUUCUAAUUGAUUUCAGGGAAAAGCCAAUGUUAAUCAAAUCUCCAAUAUCAACCAACUUCCACUAGUAAAACUCUUAUUCUUUUCAGAGUUUUAUUUAUUUAUUUAUUAACCAGGUUGUCUGGUUCAGCAAAGUUGGAUUUUUUUGCUUUUUGAUUUUGUUCUUAAUUGGAUUAUUGUCAGGUUCAACAAGCACUCAGAAAUUUUUCAGGGUUAAGUAUAUUAGUAAUAUAAUACACUCUUUUUCCUUGCAUAAUGUUAUCCUAAAACUUGCCAUUAAAAUAUUUACUUGUAUUUGUCCCAGAAAGCAUUGUUCUCAAGGAAACAAGAACCAUGAUUUAAGUUCAGGAAAUUGUCCAUAUAAUAAAAUUUACUGCUGCUUUUGUAAAUUGCAACUUUACAUUUCGCUGACAUAACUUUACAACAACUUUGUAUACUAGAAAUGGUUUUGCUAAGAUUUGAAUGUUAUUUUUUUAAUAAAAGGUCAUGCAUCAUCAGUAGGUAUCAACUGUAUUUCAUAUACACAAAUAUAACAAAAUUGGAGCUGCCAUUUGCAAUUUUAUAUGAACAUUUAAUACUGAUCAGUAAAAUUGUUUUUCAUCUGAGCCUUUGCAAAGAUUCUUUAUGACCCCAAAGGCCUGGUAAAUCAUGACAUAAAUAAUAAUUGUGUACUGUAUUUAGAAUUUAAUAUACUUGGCCAAUCAAAAAUAUUUUGAUUCACACAUACAUUAGCAGUUAUUAGUUGACCUUUAAUAAAAGAUACACCUUUAUGAUGAUGUCUUCUAGUAGAGACAUAUGUAGUCGUAUAGUGUCAUUUAUUGCAGUUUUGUACAGUACUUGAGUAUAGUGCAUAAAAUAGGUAUGUUCAGAGUUUAACAAAGUUGUACAAAUAUUUCUAAAAUCAAAUAAAAGAGUAUCUUAAGACAUGGAAAUGUGCUGAAAACAACAAAGAGAUACACUGCUUUCAUUCGCUGUUUUAUUUUCUUGCUUUUUCUUUGCUUUUAAUGUGAUUCUGUUUUGUACUUUGUGUGACAGUAUAGAUGCCAAGGUCACAAAUACAUAUUAUGAAUAGAAUUAAUAGUUAAGACAGAGUUGACAUCAGUAAAAAGGUACUUUGUAAGUUAUAAAUGAAAGGGAGAAGCAUGGACAAGGUGUGUAUCCCUUGAAGUCCCUCUAAUUAAACCAUCAGAUUAAACCUUUCUCAUCAACAGUAGUUAAAAAAUGAGCACUUUACUUGCAACAUUAAAAUAAAAAUAUCCUUAUUUUCAUAUAUAUUUAUAUAUAAAUGUAGAUCUUCCAUGUAACAUGGAGAAGUGUGCAAUAGUGUGAUUAUGAGCAUAAGGCUGGAAGGCAAGCAAUAAAAAAAGUUUAUUUCAUGGUAUAAUUAUACAUUUUUAAAAUGUUUCAUUUGUAAAUUAUAAAUUAUCCCUUUAACAUCGCAUUGUCCAGGUAUGAAUAAAUAUAUAAAUAUGUACAUAUGUACAAAUAAUUGUAAAUAAUUAGAACUGUAGAAAAAUCCCUUCACUUUUAACUCUGUUUUUGGCAAAGGGCUCUGACUGUAUAGUUUAAUGGAGGCCCAUGCUAAAUUGCUCUUGAACUCGAGUGGCUCAAUUAUGUUUUCUGUAGCUGACGUCUCCUUUGUGUGACCUAGUGGGAGCUCUUACCUUCCUUUCAUGUCAGCAAGGUCUAGGGACGCUCCGAACGUCACUGGACUGGGGCAUGAGAAACAGAGGUUUGUUUUUCACCCUUGGUCACACCCCAGGUACUCCAAACCCUUCACAGUGUUUAAUCAAUGUUCUGUGUUGCUGCGUGCACGACGCUGUGUAGUCAGAACUCUCCCCUCUGCAAUCAGGAGUGUGCUCGGAGGCUUGUUGGGUUACCUGAUAAGGAAGGAUUUUGCAUCCUCCUCCAAGAACAGGCACCCUCAAAUGUUUUUAACAGUCCACGUCUUCUCCAACAAGACCUCUUCUCUGGAAGAUAACAUCUGUGUAAUUCAGAGCUGCAUGCGGAAAGCGUAUCUUCAGUUUGCACAAGAAGGCUGAUGCUGUCUCACGUUAGUCAGCUCUGCUGCUGCUGCAGCUUUUAUUGGGUGCAAUUAUUUUGUCAUUCACUGACUGUUUUCCCUAUGCUUGUGUUAUGCUCAGUCAGACAAAAGAGCAGGUGUUUAUCACAGGCUAAAGAUACAUUUAUCACAUUAAUAUGGAAAAAUAGGCAUACUAUAUAAAUUCACUCAGUGAAAAAUAACACAUUCUAAAUAUCCACAUGCAGUUACUGUGGGCAUCACCAAGGCUUUUGAGUGUCUGCGCUACAGAAAAGUUUCACUUUUACAUUUAGCUCACUUGUUCUGUGUUAAAGCAAGCUCCUGGGGGAGGAAGGUGUGUGUUUUAUUGUUUCACUGCAGAAACGUUUAUAGUGAGUAAACUGACCACACACAAGUUGCAAAUUGUAAGACUGACAAGUGGAUAGCUGAAUUUGAAUGUAAACAUUUAAGUGAACACAAGCAUCGUGCAGGGAAAACCAGAAUACAAGAGUUAGGCCUUAUUUCCAUUAACAGUACAGAAUUUGUGUCUGGGAUUUUAAAGCUGUUCUUACAAAUUUAUGUGCCAAAUACCUAAAAGUUUCAUUUAAUUUGAGUAAAACUUGCUGGUCUUAAAUACUUAAAGCACAGAGAGAGGGCACAAGUGAGCAAAUGCAAGUCACUUCACUAUCAAAGACUUGCACGUGGAAUCUACUGGCAAAUUGUUUUGUUGACGUGCUAAUCUAAUUUUUUCCCCACUUUAUUCUUGGGUCAGGGUGUCAUGGUUUAUGUGACCUAGGAAAUUCAUACAAUAAAUACAAUGAUACAAUACUGUGGUAAAUUUGGAUUGGAAUUGCCAUAAUUCUGAACAUGGUUUAUGAAAUAGUUUCCAGUGUAGUACUGGGGCAUGCACUUCUGGGUGCACGUGGUCAGUAAUUUAACAGUAAUUUAUAAAUCAGCAUGAAGAAUAUAGAGAUCAGCAGGGCUUAUCAGGAAGGGCUGUCUGCUAGAGAUUUCUUAACAGAUUGCUUUUAAAAGAGUGGCUUCCAAACUUCUCAAUUAUGUUGUAGCCAAUGAAAUUAACUUCACCUUCCACAUCUGGGUUAAUUCAAUUUGUUACUGCUGUAUUGUUGAGCAUCUUUAGAAAAAUUAGUAUGGUAGAUGUUCUGAGAUAAGAGCUUUAGCUUGGGAGACUACUCAUACCACCAAACAUUAUGCUAAAUUGAGGAGCUAGUCUGCCUUUUAUAGUUGUGGGAGAGAGCAUGAAACAGGUUUGCGAGGCAGCAAAGAGGAGCCUCGCUGAAUCACCUUCCCCUCCCAGUGAUUAUAGAUAACACAUGUGGUGGUGAGACUUUAAAAGUGGGAUGACCAUAAACUGUCUGUGUGAAAGGUAACAGAAGCAGCUGGGAGGAGGCAGGGAUAUACAGGGGAGGAAAGGGGGAAAAGAAGAAUAAAAUGGCUUUGUUACUGUGUCAGUGGAUUGUGAGAUGAUUGAGGAAGAAGCCAUUGAAGGAGGUAAUAUGUAUUUUUGUUUCAGCUUCAGUUUUGAGCCUUCAAUACCAUAUGUGAGUUGCAGGAAAGUAACUUUUAGAGCACAUGGAUUGAAAUACUGCUUGUUUAUUUCUGCUCAACUUGAGGGGUGUUGUGCCUUUGAAACUGAGAGGCUUCUGCUGACUGCUGCGUUUCAAACUUGCAAUGUGGUGUGCUUCCUGCUGCAUGGGCCACCCAGGGUGGAGGGGGGAAAGAUGCUUCAGGAAUUAAAUGGAACUUUGUUAAUUCCAGGUUUUGUUUCCUUAAGAGGUAUGGCUUUCACUUAAGCACAGACAUCCAGCAUUCAUCCUCUGGACCUCUCAUUCCUAUUCUGAAAGCUUAGUGAUGCACAAGUUUUUGCCUUGAUCUUUCACAAAAUGGAUGAAGUCUAUGCUUUUGAACAUUUCCAUUCCUAACAAAUUUGCAUGAAAGAUUAUUUCAGUAUGGAUAUGAAGCUAUCAUUAGUCUAUGCCCCAUUAUGGGCAGACACAUAAUGCUAAAAUUUAGAAAGCAAUGCAAUGGGUUUUAAGCAGGGGAAGAAAAUAUUUUAAAAUGAGCUAAGAAAGUUAAAUAGCUUCAUUUAAAAAAAAAAACCCAGCAUGAUAGAUGUACAAGUGUCUAAACACAUCUAAAUAGAAUCUCUGAGUGUGGUAUAAUUUGAUGUCGUGUCUAAAGUUUUUGUCUUCAAGACUUUGAAACAUUGAAGUAAUUAAGUGAAUUUAUGUGAAAGUCAGCUCGCACUUCAGCCUCCAGUAAAGGGAGUGGUUCUUUAGCAAGCAGAGUUCUAGGAUUCCUUCCACCUCUUCCCAACAACAAUGUACCUUCUGCUAGAACGCUCUCAGUUUCCAAUAUAACUUCAAGUAUCUCUUUAACAUUACCUUCUCUUGUUUCUCAACCCAAACUCCCUAACAACCAGAACUGUUAAUUCUAUUCUGAAUUCAAUUGUUAAUUCCAGCCAUCUGAGAAUCAGUGAGUGAUUUGUCACUUCAGACCUUUAGUAGUAGAAACUAAAGGCUCAUAAGUAUGUUUCAACGUAAGGCAAAUGUUAAUCACAAAAAAUGUUUGUUUUCCUCUGAUUUAAACCAUUUAAUUUUCUAGAUUCAGAUCUCUCUAGCUGAAUCCUUGAAGUCUGUGAUUGCAUCUUAUUGGAAGAAGCUAAACUUUGAGGGCUUUACCUCUCUGACUGAGAUCAGGGCAAAAUUUGCACCAAAUUUAAAAUAAAACUGAUUAGGAUCCUCAGGAUAUUCAUCUGUGUCACUGAAAUCAGAAGGGAUUUUUUACAGAAGGGGAGUGCACCUGAGAGUACACUUGGACUCUCCUUUGGCUAGAGGUGCUUAGUUCUUUAACCCAUGAAAAUAAGCCCUUGAAAGAAGAGCCAACCAUACUGAAAUUCGGUACUUGAUGUCUGAUUCAUUCCUGGUAUAUAUUAAUGCCUUUUAAGAAUAUUUUGAAAGUGCUAUGAGUUAGGAAUAGGUGAUAACACUCACAAAAAGGAUUUUGGAGGAUGUUUUAAAAUAUGCAAGAUGAUGUAUACUCUUCCUAUAUUGUCAGUGUCUACAUAAAUAUAUAUGAAUAUAUUUUUAUUGUUGGAUGAUUUAGAAGUUAUAUUUUGCUUUCAGAUUUUAAUUCCUUAUAUAAUGUGAAUACUUCACUCAAUCAAGUGUCCUGGAGCAUGUCUUUAUGCGUUCAAGGUUUUUAAUGAUUGCACUAAGUGCUUUCAUUCAUCUGAUAUUCGAAGAGGUGAGCUUCAACAGGUUGAAGUGUUAACAUUUGUUUUCCAGUACUUCAUCCAUCUACCUAUGCUGUCGAGGAUGGAUGAAAAUAAAGAAUGGAACAAGAUAUUACUUUGAUCAACUGCUUUUGAUAUUCUUUAUUAGAUGUUCAUUUUGGCUGGAUUUAUCAGUUUAUAGGCUACAAUAGCUUAGCAUUAGCACGGAAUGCAAUGUAGUACUUUACAUCUAUUAGAAUACAUAUGUACAAUAUGCACCAUAUCUAUAAACUGUUAAAAAAUCAGUUCCUAAACAGCACCCCUUCACCCUCUCCCCUCCAAAUAGUCACUUUAUUAGGAAAAAAAUUGAAGGCACUUUAAUUUUAAUGGAAGUGAUUACACUAAAUCUUGUUACACUUGAUUAGAAAAAAAAAAUGUAAAAAUAAUGUGGAGUCUGAUUCAGACAUUGUUAGCAAUUUCUCAGAUGGGCUGGAGUCAGAGAGCAUUUAUGUGCUGGAUGACAAAUCUACUUUAGUGAGUCACUUAGGUGUGAAAACGUAUAGGACUUUGAAAAUUGAUGCUUCCAGUAUAUCAACAAGGAAUAAAGAAACAGGAAGAACAAAACCAAUAAUUUUAAAGAAAAUUAAACACCAAUCAAAUAUGCACAGUAAGAAACUGCAUGAUAAAUGUAAGUAUACUUAACCUUGAACAUCAACGUCAUAUAAAAUCUUCUGGGUGACAGUUCACUUAUUUAGUAGGCUUCAUAGUUAUAAAUAAUUAAAGAGGAUGAUAAUAUUCUGUAAUUUGUGACCUUGUUUUAACUGGAAAAAGUUGUUACUUUUCUAAAAUGUAAAAGAAAUAACUGGAUUUAUGUUUGAAUGUGUCACUGCUUGCUGUUGAAGAAUAUUUAUUAACCACAUGCAAAAUAUUGCUUAACAUUAUCUUUUUGUACUUCUUAUUAAAGUUAAUUUAAAUAUAGCACA